AUGCUGUUCCCCAGCAUCGCGCUGUUAUGGCUGUGCCAGACAGUGCUGGCACAGUAUUCCAGCGAUGAUCUCAUGUCAUUCGUUACACUUCCUGACGUGAGGGCCGUCAAAUUCAACGUCCACCACCAUAAUCGCGAUCGCAUCAGUCCAGGCUACUGGUUCGUCACUCCGUAUUUGCACAUUGAGCCCGAUGCGCCCUCCAGUCUCUACGAGCAAUACCAGAUUGGCCCCCAUAUUUACGAUGGCGAAGGACACCUGAUUUGGUCUGGCGCUCAGCAGUUCGAUAACCGGAAUGCCUUUGAUUUCAGGGUCGUCAAUGGCCUAUCUGCCGAUCCACAACUCUCGUUUAUCUUGAAUCACGCGUGGGACGGAGCCGAAGACACCGGAUAUGGCAUGAUCCUGACCAACGAUUACAAGGUGGAACGCAAGCUUCCUCUACGACGCGAUCUGGGUAUUUUCGACAUUCACGAGUUCAAAGUUCGUGAGGAUGGUAAGACUGCGCUGGUCACGGUCUACCUAUCCCACGAAAUUGGCUUAGACGAGUAUGGCCGACCUGGGGAAAAGACAUGGUUGGAAAGUGGUGGCUUUGCGGAACUCGACAUCAACACAGCAGAGGUGAUCCAGUGGUGGGACUCCUACAACCGCAUUCCUCUCCCCGAGACCGUUCAUUAUUCCCCAAGCUCGCCGGUGGAGGGACACCCUGGCUGGGAUUAUGUGCAUAUCAACUCAAUCGACAAGAACGAAAUUGGGGACUACUUGAUCUCUGCGCGAUUCACGAACACAAUCUACCUGAUCUCUUGCAUGGAUGGAAACAUCAUGUGGCGGCUAGGUGGAAAGUAUAGUGAUUUCGAGCAAGAUUUCACAUUCUCGAAGCAGCACGAUGCGAAAUUCAUUGAGUCCAAUGGCACGCACCACCUGAUUUCCUUUUUGAACAACGCUUCGGACGAGGAGUUCAACGAGGAGAACCAAUCCUCGUCAAUGUUCGUCCAGUUGGACACCAGCGUGAAACCCUGGACUGCCCGCGUUGUCAAACGGUACAUUCGACCCGACUACCAACUAUCCAGGCUCCGUGGUAACACCCAACUCCUCCCGAAUGACCAUGUUUUCACUUGCUGGAGUAAAGGAGGUUAUAUCUCCGAACAUACUGCGGAGGGAGAGGCUGUCUUGGAAGCCAACUUCACCUCCCCACGCUACUCUUCCUACCGAGCAUAUAAAUUCGAAUUCACCGGACGCCCCGACACACCACCCGACUUGGUAGCCUCUGUCUAUGGCACUGAUGAAACUAACAUAGUGACAACAGUCUGGGUCAGCUGGAACGGCGCCACCGACGUGGCCGAGUGGCAUUUCUAUGCCCAGGCCUCCGACUUCCAUGACCCAGUGUUCGUCGGCAAGGCUCCCCGCGUAGACUUCGAAACUAUGUUCAUCGGCGCCGGAUAUCUGGACUGGGUCACCGCCAAGGCUGUAGAUGUCAACGGCACCGUGCUCGGCACAUCCGAAGUCCACCGAAGCAAUCACCCCGAUUGGAAGUCCACUGGAUAUAGGGGCAAGUCGAGUCCCAGACCACUGAACCCGUCCACCCUUUUUGAAAGCGGCGAUGCCGAAGGCGACUACCUGGCCGAUUCAGGUCGCAAGUCCUCCGAUGCCAUCGAUACCGAAACCCAAAAGACCAUCUCAGUCUUGAACCUCACUUACGAAAACAUUCGCAGCAUUGGCGCUGCAUUCUCUUUCAUCCUUCUUAUUUGUCUGUUUUGCGGGAUCGUCGCUAGCUAUAUGGUUAUUCGUGGCUGGCGCGUCAGACUCUACCAGCGUCUUGGUAGAGAAAGCGCAUUCGCGGAUGAGAGAGUCCGUCUCCAAUCUCCGCAUGAGGAUUGA